AUGGCAUCCAAGUAUCAAGGAGCUGUUCCUGUGAUUUCGUCUGCAUUUCGAAGUGAGAAUUCAUUUUACGGUGGCAAAACGUAUCAGCACACACCGUUCAAGACAUUUAAUGGAUCCGAGUCAAGUGCUGCUACUAGUGCUACUUCUACUGCUACUACUUCGACUGCUAUUCCACCUGUAGAUGGUCUAAAAUCACAGUCUUCUUCUAUACACAAGACCAUUACUAGUGCUUUUCGGAAUCGAGGCAGUAGUUUAAGCCACAAUGACGAUAUGAAACCAAUUCCUGUCCCAUUAGCUUGUUCUACUGGAGAAAGUUGUGGUCGUGGUGAUAGUUCCGAUCCAGUACCAUUAGCAGCAACGGGCAUUGAAGCACAACAGUUAUAUGAACAUUGUGUGAAUACCAUUCGUGCUUGUAAAGGUGGAAAUAAUGAACAAGGUGUCAAGGAAUUCAAACACAAUUGUCGUAAAUUUGGUCUCAAGAAGAUGGAUGUACAGGUCUUUUAUACGUCACUUGUGGCACAAUUAGGGGCUGAGAGAACAAGGACUUUUAUUGCAACCUUGGCACGACUAGUACCAGAUGAUGAAAGACGGAAAGAGCUUGUGGACUAUAACGCACAACAACGAGCGUUGAGCGUGGAGAAUACAAAUGGACUUGUGACCAAUGGACAUACGGAUGAAAGACAGUUGGUGCUUGCUAAUACAAACUCGAGCAGGACAGAGACGUUGCGUAGUGAUUCGACCGUGAGUAGCAAGGAUGGAGCCAUGGGGAAGGGAAUUCUCAACAAUCGAUACGCUGAUCACCCGAACUGUGACGUGUGCAAUGUACGUUUUGAUGUGACAAAACGACGACAUCAAUGUCGUAAAUGUGGUCUAUUUAUUUGCAGUUCUUGCUCUCCUGUUCGAUUACUUGUGCCUCCUGGAAGGCAGGCUGAAGGUGCUAAAAGUUAUGAUGCGUCAAUUCCACAGCGUGUGUGCAUCCAGUGUGCUCCGCAGCUUCACCCGCUUCAAGACGAAUUAGUGGCCACAUAUGCCCAAUCACAGACGGAUAACAUCCAUGAAGCUCGCACGCGUUUCCACGUUCCGUACACGAACUCACUGAAUAAGGAGUGCUGCAACGCGGCAGAUAUUAUUGGUAACUUUUUUCGCAAUGACUGGGGAUCAUCUGCAGAUCGUGCAAUUCCUGUGGCGUUCUUGCAGAAGGCUCACGGGCUUGCAGUAAUGACCGUUAUUAAAGCUGGAUUCCUUGUAUCUGGUAAGAUUGGCACGGGACUUGUUGUCGCUAAACUGCCUGACGGAUCUUGGUCGGCUCCCUCUGCUAUUGGAACGUUUGGACUUAGUGGUGGAUUUGAAGUUGGCGGUGAAAUGGUGGAAGUGAUGAUUAUUCUGGGGUCCGAAAGAGCUGUAAAGGUGUUUCACAAGCCGCAAGUAAACCUUGGUGCAGGGCUAGACCUUGCCGUGGGUCCGUAUGGCCGAUCAGCACAGGCAGCAGCUGCAGCGAGCACAAGCGGUCUGAAUGCCAAUUACAGUUAUUCACAGAGCAGAGGACUCUUUGCUGGCAUUUCACUUCAGGGAGCUAUCCUGGCUGCGCGCACGGACCUGAACCGAAAGUUUUAUGGUCGUGAUUUGCAGCCGAGUGAGUUACUUAGUGGCUAUGUGGAACAACCAGUAGCAGCGCGGCCACUGUAUGAGGCAAUUGAUAACGCAAUGCGAGGCAUUGAGGACCACAAGGAGGAGCAGCAGCGCCGAUCGUCGGUUCUGGGACCAUGCCGACUCUGCAAUUGCCCCAUGUUUCAACCGCAUACAACCCAGGUGUGGAACAAGAAGUGCAAAACAUGCAACCACGUACAUUGA